GGUUUUCGACGCAUGGUAUAUAUACUGAUAUGUCUGGUCUGGGUUAUGAUGCUAUUGGGAAUGACUAUAAGGUUGUGAGGCUAACCACUCUCAAUAAUGUAACUGACGAUGGGCCGAGUAUAGCUCAGGUCUAUUCACUAGCCAGGGGCUCUUGGGGAGUGGUUCAUACUCUGCCUCUGUGUGUUACGUCUGGAUAUUGGGUCCAGGUUUUCGUCAAUGGGGCACUUCACUGGCCGGCUUACAAUAAGCAGUAUUUUGUUUUGACAUUUGAUGUGGCGAGUGAGUCAUUUGGAGAGAUAAAUUUGCCUAUGCGCUUCCAAUCGAAUUUUCCGGAGGACUUGAUGUUGUCGGCUUCUGGAGAUAGAAAAUCUAUUGCUCUGUUUCAUAGUAUGAGGUGGAAUAAUAAGGGUGAUUAUUUUCUUGAUAUUUGGGUAAUGAAAGAGUACAGUGAGGAGCAAUCAUGGACAAAGUUGUUGGUUCUCAGUCUACAAGGUCCGGAAAGAAGUCCAGCUGAAGCAUUGUGUUUUAAGAGGAGUGGCGAAGUGAUAUUGGUACGUUUGGAUAGCCUUGAGUUGGUUUCACUUGAUCUUGUGAGCAAACAGUUUAAAGCUCUUGGGAUAUCUGGAGGUCAGUUUUGCUCUGUUCACUGUUAUGAGGAGAGCCUUGUCUUGCUUGACACGAAAGAUGCAGUUUCUUAUUGAGGCAAAUAACUAAGGUCAGAAAUAGGGGCAAAUGACUUUCAACGUACUGUUUUCCGCAGCUCUGAAAUGCGAUAACUUGCUGCAUUUUGAAUUUCAGUCUCUCCAUCUACCGGCUGAACCUUUGAACUUCUUUCAUGUAUCUAUCUAGUAUGGAUAGAAGAAUACAUCAAUAUUCUGGUGAAAUAGAGUUCCUUCUAUCUUAAUCAUUUACACUAGUUCUUGUUUUCUUGCAAGCAUAUUUUAUUGAAAGGGUUUAUAAAUA